AUACCUUCCAACAAUGGCAGCAGACAGCGAGAGAGAGAGAGAGAGAGCGAUUCAAAUUUCAAUUUCUAUUCGCGUCUCUCUUCUCCUGCACUCUUAUUGCCGUUCAUCUCCUCCACCCCUCUGCAACACCCCCACAAAUCGCGAGGUAUAUAGAGAGGGAGAAGGUGUAUACAGAGAUUGAAGAACAUGGGGGUGGUGUCGAGGAGUGUGUAUCCAAUGUGUGAGAGUUUGUGUUUCUUUUGCCCUGCAUUGCGUACUAGAUCAAGGCAACCUGUGAAAAGAUAUAAGAAGUUGCUUGCUGAUAUAUUUCCUCGCUCCGCGGAGGAGGAACCAAAUGAUCGAAAAAUUGGUAAACUAUGUGAAUAUGCUUCUAGAAAUCCUCUUCGAAUUCCCAAGAUCACAACUUCUCUUGAGCAAAGAUGUUACAAGGAAUUGAGAAAUGAGCAGUUUCACUCUGUAAAAGUUGUUAUGUGUAUCUACAGAAAGUUGUUGGUUUCUUGUAAGGAGCAAAUGCCAUUGUUUGCAAGUAGCCUUCUUAGCAUUGUACACAUUUUAUUAGAUCAGACAGGAAAUGAUGAAAUCUGCGUGUUAGGAUGCCAAGCACUGUUUGAUUUUGUCAAUAAUCAGACAGAUGGCACUUAUAUGUUUAACUUAGAUGGCUUGAUUCCAAAACUUUGCCCCUUAGCUCAAGAAAUGGGAGAGGAAGAGAGGGUAUGCCAUUUGCGUUCUGCUGGCCUUCAAGCUCUUUCUUCAAUGGUCUGGUUCAUGGGAGAGUUCUCUCAUAUUUCAGCUGAAUUUGAUAAUGUUGUUUCUGUUGUUUUGGAAAAUUAUGGAACUUCUAAGAAGGCUUCAGAUGCUCUAUUUCAUGACAAGGAAGAUAACCAAAAUCGCUCUAUUGAUAGAGAGUUUUUUCCCCAAGAUCCCAUCGCCAGGAUUUCUUCUUGGAGAAGUAUUGUCAAUGAUAAAGGCGAAGUUUGCGUGCCCGUGGAUGAUGCCAAGAAGCCUGAAUUUUGGUCAAGGGUUUGCCUUCAUAAUAUGGCCAAGCUAGCAAAGGAAGCAACAACUGUGAGACGUGUACUGGAAUCAUUAUUUCGUGUUUUUGACAAUGAUGACCUGUGGUCCCCUGAACAUGGUCUUGCUCUGUCUGUCCUGCAAGACAUGCAGUUAUUAAUAGAAAGAUCUGGACACAAUACCCACUUUCUGUUAUCCAUCUUGAUCAAGCACCUUGAUCACAAGAAUGUUCUUAAGAAGCCCAAUAUGCAACUGCACAUUGUUGAUGUUGCCACUUCACUUGCUCGGCAAACAAAGGUUCAAGCCUCUGUAGCUAUGAUUGGUGCAGUGAGUGAUAUGAUGAGACACUUGCGGAAAAGCAUACACAGCUCAAUUGAUGAUUCUAAUUUGGGAGCUGAAAUGAUUCAAUAUACCGAAAAAUUCCAAGCAGCAGUUGAUGAGUGCCUUGUACAGUUAUCACUUAAAACUGCAGCUGCAGGUGAAACUGUACAUGAAGAGGAUUUUAAUAGGCAAGAAAAUACUGUGCUGAGCAGGCUGAAGUCAAGUUACAGCCGAGCCUAUAGUAUGAAAAAGAGUCCCUCACCUGCAAUAUCGAAUGAAGAAUCUAUGGGAAGUUCACUUGAAAAACUGGCGGUACCUCUUAGAUUGAGCAGUCAUCAGAUUCUCCUUCUUCUUUCAUCAGUUUGGGAGCAAUCUAUUUAUCCUUUAAAUACACCAGAAAAUUACGAAGCAAUAGCUAAUACGUACAGCCUGGUUUUGCUGUUUGGAAGGACCAAGAACUCCUGCAACGAGGUUCUGAUCCGGAGCUUUCAGCUAGCCUUUUCAUUACGGAACGUUGCUCUUAAAGGAGGAAAAUUGCAGCCCUCACGACGCAGGUCCCUCUUCACCUUGUCUUCAUCUAUGGCCAUAUUCUUGUCAAAAGCGUUCAACAUACCUCCUCUUAUUCCUUGUGCAAAAGCUGCACUUACUGAUAAAACAAUGGAUCCGUUUCUACAGUUGGUUGAUGAUUGCAAAGUAAAGGCUGUUGAUACUGGUGACCAUUCAGAAAAAGUAUAUGGAUCUAAAGAAGAUGACGAAGAUGCCUUGAAGUCGCUUUCAGCAAUAGAAAUAACAGAAAACUUAUCUAAAGAGUACUUUGCUGCAAUGAUCGUGAAGUUUCUUGGAAAAUCAGAUCAAGAGUCAUCCUGCAUAAGAGAACAGUUGAUUACUGACUUUAUACCCGAUGAUGUAUGUCCAUUGGGGGCUCAGUUGAUGGAAGCACCUGCAGAAGUGUACCAGUAUGAAAUCAAAGGCAGAGAAUCUCCUGACAAGGCUGAACCUCUAUUAUUCCUGCCUGACACUGACUUGCUACCAAGUGCAUAUGAAAGCCAAACAGAUCCUACCAUGCAGCUGGGUUCAAAAGAAAUCUCAAAUCUCUUGAGUGUGGAUGAACUUCUGGAUGCAGUUUCUCAGACAACAAAUCAAGUUGGAAGAUACUCAGUCUCCCAUCCACCUGACAUGACUUACACUGAAAUGGCUGGUCAUUGUGAGGCCCUUCUAAUGGGAAAACAGCAGAAGAUGUCAGUUUUCAUGGUUGCUCAAAAGAGUAACAAUUACAGCCAGGCCAAAGAUCAGACAAUUUCUUAUUCACAUGUUGAACCAGUUGUCUCUCUGGAAUUGCAGGGUGGAAAUCCAUUCCUUGAUCAGAACUUUGAUGUUGUUUCCUACAAUCCAUCUACUGCUAGCAUUAGCGCAAUGCCGUGUGCCACUGAGUACCAGCAUCAUCCCCACUGCUUCCGACCACCGGCAUCAUGCCCGUUUGAUAAUUUUAUGAAAGCCGCCAGUUCGGAGGUAAUACACUAAACUUGGGUAAUGGAAGUCCAUAUUUUCCCUCGGAGCAAGUCCAAUUGACAAUCUCGAGAAGGCUUCUGGCUGAUGAUGUCGUAAACCAUAAAAACCGGGGUCCAUGAACAAUGAGUUGAAAGUUGGCUGACGGAAUUCUCAGAAAUCUAGUUGCUACUUCCAACAUAAUGAUUUGCAGGAGCUGUUAUGGGUUAGGUCAGCAAUUUUGUGCUCGUAUUUCUGUUAACAGUAAAUGGCUUGAUUCAUUAUUUUGUUGAUUAAUCCUCUAUUUUUAUUUUUUUUUUCCUUCCUUCCUUUUGGUUUUUAACUUCAACUUUUCAUCCCAUACAUAUUGAAAUUUUUGGGAUGAAUAUGUAUAGGUGUAUGCAACCCCAUGUAGUAAGUUUGUUUCUUUUUAAUUGUUAUAUAGUCCAUUGAUCAUGUAUCAGCUUGUAAAAAUUGGUGUUUUGUAAAAUUCAAUUAUGUGAAUGUGAAGAUAGAGAAAAAGAUAUUCCUAGUA